AUGGCCAGCGUCGUCGACGGCAAUGGAGGCAGCCGGCUGGUGGUGACGGAGCUGGGCCACGUCAAGGAGCUGGCGGGGCAGCUGGAGGUGCACCUCGGCGGCUCCUCGCCCGACCUCUGCAAGCACCUCGCCUCGCAGAUCUCCUCCAUCACCGAGCGCUCCAUCAGCCUGCUCAUCACCACCUCCACCCUCGACGGCCCGCGGAAGCGGUCGGCGGCGACGGCCAGCCCGCUCAGCGACGCCUCCGACACGCCCUUCGUCAAGGCCACCAAGAAAAGGACGACGAUGGACAAGAAGAGGCAUGAGGUGAGGGUGAGCUCGGCCGGCGACCACCCGGCCGACGACGGCCACAGCUGGAGGAAGUACGGCCAGAAGGAGAUCCUUGGAGCCAAGCACCCAAGGGGCUACUACCGCUGCAGACGCCGGCACUCUCAGGGAUGUGCGGCGACGAAGCAAGUGCAGCGCACCGACGAGGACCCGACCUUCUUUGACGUCGUCUACCUCGGUGACCACACCUGCGUUCAGAGGGCUGCCGCAGACGCGUACAAGGACAACGACAACCCGGGCACCAGCAGCUUCGUGCAGAGCCUGAGCUCCAGCCUGACGGUGAAGACCGAGGGGCCGGCCGUGGAGCCAGAGCAGCAGCUGCAGGGCUGGGACGCGCCCGCGCCCUUCUGCUUCUCCUCCACGCCGGCGACAGCGAGCGGGUGCCUGGUGCCGGAGCGCAGCCCCUUCUCCGCGCCGUCCACGUCCGACAACUGGGCCGUGUCCCCGGCGACCUCGGACUCCAACCACGUCGUCUCUUUCCCGCCUUUCGAGGUCGCCGGCGGCGACGUGCAGUUCGGGUUCGAGGAAGUCAUGUCAGCGAUCGACAGAGCCGACGGCGACGGGUUCCUCGACGACCUCGACAUCGAUGUCUCAAGCUUCUUUGUGUGA